AUGGGUUUCGCCAGGUUCCGAUCUACCUUCCGGAGGUCUUCGACCCAAGAGAAUGUCACUCCUGUCACUGUGAACACAGACGAGGAAACCAAGAGAGAUCUUGCUUCCGAGACUGUCGUUCCAGCAAAUGCCAAUGAGGAAAACCCGGAGAUUCCUACCGAGGACACCCAGCGCGGUGUUCGCGAUGUUGAGGCCAUCACUUUGAGCUGGUCGAAGACCAUGUUGAUUGCGGUCUUUGUCAACAUCUGGUUCCUCUACUUCGUCAAUGCCAUGCAAUCCUCGAUCAACUACAGCUUGAUGUCCUAUGUCACCAGUGACUUUGAAAGCCACUCGCUGCUGAACGUCAUCUACAUUGUCGCUGACGCCAUGACAGCCGCAGUAUACAUUCCCACUGCCAAGGUCAUGGAUGUCUGGGGUCGUGCUGAAGGUUAUCUGUGCAUGACCGUUUUCGCGACUCUCGGUCUGAUUAUCAUGGCUGCAUGCCAGAACCUUCCUACAUUCUGCGCCGCCUACGUCUUCUACAGCAUUGGUUUCGGAGGUAUGACAUACUGUGUUGAUGUUAUCACGGCCGAUAUCUCUACAUUGAAGAACCGAGGAUUGGCGUUCGCCUUCACCUCUUCUCCCUACAUUAUCACUGCCUUUGCCGGCCCGAAGGCAGCUGAAAGCUUCUAUGAAAAGAUCAGCUGGCGUUGGGGCUUUGGUUCCUUUGCCAUCAUCUUCCCCAUUGUGGCUGCUCCUCUCUUCUUUAUUCUGAAGACCAACCUGCACAGGGCCAAGGCUGAUGGUCUCCUGCACAAUGAGCCAAGCGGUCGGACCAUGCUCCAGAGCAUCUGGCAUUAUACUAAGGAGUUCGAUGCUUUUGGUGUUGUCGUCUUCUCGGUCGGCCUCACAGUCUUCCUUCUUCCAUUCACCAUCGCUGCUAGCGCUCCCAAUGGCUGGAGCUCUGGCUAUAUUAUUGCCAUGAUUGUGGUUGGCUUUGUGAUGCUUAUUGUCUUCUUGGUGUGGGAGAUCGUCUUUGCUCCUACUCCGAUGUUUGAUUUCAGUCUUUUGACAGAUCGGACUGUCAUUGGCGCCUGUUUGCUUGACGCGACAUACCAACUGUCAUACUACUGCUGGAACAACUACUAUACUUCCUUCUUGCAGGCAGUAAACGAUCUCUCCAUUUCCGAGGCUGGAUACGUCAGCAACACCUUCGAUGUUGUCUCCGGUGUCCUUCUGCUCGGAGUCGGUUUCAUCAUUCGCCGGACUGGCCGUUUCAAGUGGCUCCUCUACAUUGCUGUUCCUCUCUACAUUUUCGCCCAGGGUCUCAUGAUCUAUUUCCGCCGUCCCAACCAGUCCGUCGGUUAUCUUGUCAUGUGCCAGAUCUUCAUUUCCAUUGGUGGAUCCGUCUUUAUUAUUGUUGAGCAACUCUCUAUCUUGGCAGCGGUUGACCAUCAGCACGUUGCUACUGUGCUUGCCCUGUUGAACGUUGUUGGUACUGUCGGUGAUGCCGCUGGUUCCACUAUCUGUGGUGCUAUCUGGACCAACACCUUCUAUAAGGCCUUGCAGACCAGGCUCCCGUCAUCUGCCAUGGGCGAUAUUGAUUCAAUCUACGAGGACCUUACCGUCCAGCUGAGCUACCCUGUUGGAUCUCCUACCAGAUUGGCAAUUCAAUCUGCCUAUGGCUACUCCCAGACAAGAAUGCUUGCUGCUGGAACUGGAUUGAUGGGGCUUUGCAUCUUCUGGACCCUCAUGAUCAGAAACAUUGACCUAAACAAGGUCAAGCAGGUCAAGGGUGUUGUCUUCUAA